AUGUUAUUGUUUCUUUUCUUGAUCGUGCUGGGAGUGGCCACAGCUCCACACAGCCGUGAAACUUACUCUUAUGUUGCCCCUCGGACUUAUUCAGCCGAGUCGUUUGAGUCUGGUGAGGCUAAGGACAACUUUGACUGGGCUGUGAAGGACGAGUAUGUAGGAGACGUCUUCGGGCACCAGGAGACCCGCGACGGUGACAACACCCAAGGGUCGUACUACAUGCAGCUUCCCGACGGUCGUCUGCAGACUGUGACUUACUACGUGGACGGUGACUCAGGCUACGUGGCUGAUGUCAAAUACGAGAGUGAGGCUCAUUACCCCGACUCUCAUGAGACUAGGGAGUAUGCCCGACCCAGGCCCAGCUAUUUCUCCCAGGAGUCAGAGGAGUCCCACGAAGCUCCCGUCUAUGCCCCACCCAAACCCCGCUCUUACCAUGGCUCCAACGAGUAA